AAAUCACACGCUCCUUGAAGAUAUUUUCUUCUCAUACUAUAUCCUUUCAUCAUCUAAGGAAAAACUUGAAUCAAAUAUAAAGAUUGGAAUUACAGUGUACCAUCUUAACGUUAUCAAAGGUUCAGGAAUUUUUUUUUUAGCGAGAAGGGCCCAUUAUCUAGCUGAGAGAGAGAAAAAAAAACAACAUAUAAUCAGAAGGGACAACUUGCUUUUUCAAACCCAACAGAAACUAUUUACAGGAUAGUCCAUUAGCAUUCAUUUAUUAUAGAGUUGCAUUAGGUAUCAUGGUGUACGUUGACAAAGAUAUAGAGUCAAAUUUAAAAUACGCCCCAAAAUCAAAUGGAUCAAGAUUUGCUGCUUUAAAACUUUUUGUUAUUAAGUAUAGAAAAAUAGUGAUACUAUUGAUAUCAUUAGUAAUCUUGUCGCUAUUUACUAAUGUUCCAUUACUUCCACAUUGGAGGUUUACACAACCAAAAGUUGUCAUCAUAUUAGCAGCAAAUGAAGGUGGUGGUGUUUUGAAAUGGAAAGGUGCUCAAGAAUGGUCCAUUGAAAGAUCAUCUAUUGCCAACAAGAAGGACUAUGCUAAAAGACACGGCUAUGAUUUAACCAUCAAAGACUUAACUGUUAAGAAGAGAUAUAGUCAUGAAUGGAGAGAAAGUUGGGAGAAGGCCGAUAUCAUGAAACAAGCCAUGAGACAAUACCCAAAGGCUGAAUGGUUCUGGUGGUUAGAUUUACACACUUUUAUCAUGGAACCACAACUCUCAUUAGAGGAGCAUGUUUUCAGCAAACUUGAUAAUUUAACAUAUAGACAAUUGACAGAGUUCAACCCAUUACAAUUAAAGACUGAUUUACCAUAUGUUGACUAUUCACAACCAAUAGAUUUGUUGAUCACCCAAGAUUGCGGUGGAUUUAACUUGGGUUCUUUCAUUAUGAGAAGAUCACAAUGGUCAGAAGCCUUAUUAGAUAUAUGGUGGGACCCUGUCUUUUAUGAACAAAUGCAUAUGACCUGGGAGCAUAAAGAACAAGAUGCUUUAGAAACUUUAUACAAUGCACAAUCCUGGAUAAGAGAACGCGUGGGAUUCUUACCAUUGAGAUCAAUUAAUGCGUUCCCACCAGGUGCUUGUUCAGAACAAGCCAAUGAUCCAAGAUAUUUCUAUAGUGAAAAAGAACGUGAUUUUGUUGUCAAUAUGGCUGGUUGUGAUUGGGGUAGAGAUUGUUGGAAUGAAAUGGAACAUUACAAAGCCUUGAGCAAAAAAUUACAAAAACCGUGGUACAAAUUCUGGUGAUUAGUAUCAUUAUCACCAUAAUUCAUUAAAAUAGCAUGCAUUUUGUGGAAAAGAAAGUCUAAUUACAACCAAUGCCUCACCAAGUCAUUUUUGUCCAGUUUAUUUCUUUGUUCUAUAUUUCAUUUAUUUCCCGUUAUAUAUUUGUUUUGUUUUGUUUUGUUUGCAGACUGUCUAUACAGUGAGAGAUACUGGUGUUGUUUUAUUAUAUUUUACAAAGUGUACAUUAAACCAAAUCAUUUCAUUCAUACCAACUGAUGUUCCUUCCUUCUAUACACACUUUUUGAUUUUGAUAAGAGAAAAAAAAAAAACCUUUAAAAAAAGAGUUGAUGUGCUGUGCUAGCUAGAUUAGCC